AUACCUGUGACGAUGGUUCAUCCUGGAGACACUGUCACAUUUACAUGUUCUUUUAAUUAUGAACAUGUUUACUGGUACAAACAAACUCCAGGACACAUGAUGCAGUUUAUUGGAUAUUUAUAUAAUGAUCUUAAAAUAUUUGGUCCUUCAUGUGAAGAUCGUUUUAAAUUCAACACAGUGGACAUUCAGCAAGUUUUUACAAUACAAAAUAUCAGGAAAGAGGACGAAGCAAUUUACUAUUGUGUACUGACUGAUGGAUAUGGACAGACCUUUGUGAACGGCACCUUCUUGGUUGUUAAUGAUGGAGCAGACUCACAGAGCUGUGUUCAUGUGACACAGAGUCCAUCCUCAGCUUCAGUGGUCCCAGGAGGCUCAGUGUCUCUUCAGUGCUCACUUCAGCCCCAAAACAACAAGAACCAAAUCCAGUGUCCACAACAGCAGCAGGUGCACUGGUUCAGAGCUGGAUCUGUGGAGCCUCACACUGGACUCAUGUCCCACUUUACAAACUACAGCUGUGUCUACAGUCUGUCUAAAACUAUAGGACACUCCUCUGAGGCUGGGACAUACUACUGCGCUGUGCACACAUGUGGACAUAUCCUGUUUGGGACAGGAACCACACUGGACAUAGAUGAGCUUCCAGAGCUGCAGUUGGAGCCAGUGACUGUGGCUCUGUCAGUCCUGUUGUGUGUCUGUGUGCUCGUGAUCAUCGUCCUCUGUGUGAAGAGAGGGAGGCUCUGUGCACACUGCAGAGAUUCUCCAGAUAAUAUUAAUAGUACACAGUGUGAGAUGUCAGAAAAUAUGGGCACACGUGCAGAUGUCAACUACGCAGCACUGAACUUCUCCUCUAGAAAAGUGAAACGGAGCAGUAACACAAGAGGAGAGCAGGAGUGUGUGUACUCCAGUGUGAGAGCAGAGCAGCACUGACAGACUGAUCCUCAC